AUGGCUCAGCAACAGGCACAACAGAAGGUCCUACUACAGCAGCAACAGCAAAGGGCUGCCAGCAUAGCUGCUGCGAGAAACCAUGAGACUAUCCAGGCACAGAUGCUCCUACAGACUCUUAGAGGUAAGAUACAGCAGUCACACUCAGCGUACACUCAAGCCAUCAAGAAGAGAGAACAGGCUAAGGCUCAGAUAGAUUCGUACGAGGCAGAGGCCAGUAGUCUACACACCAAGAUAAUGGAGGAUCCUAGGAUGAAACAGGAUACUGAGACACGUAAUCUAUUCCUAAAGCAAUGCAUGGAUCGUAUACAGAAGAUGAAGGAAUAUAGGAACCAAUACACUGCUCUGAUGGAACAAGCUGAAAAGGAGGCGCAGAUGUAUCAAAAGCAAGUGGAGCAGAUGAGUCAGGAGUUCAAAGCCAAACAAAUACCUCGGCCGUCAUCAGCACCAUCUACAGCUGUGGCACCGCCUCCUACUGCUGCCCAGAAGCUAGCCAUGCAACAAGGCUACCAGGUCAUAGGGCAAGAGAUGGCCUCAGUGGGGGCAGCAAUGGCGAGGCCCAAGACCAGAGUUGAGCAACAAGAGAGCAUACGUCAGCUCCAACAGGCUCGAGAAGCUGUCUAUGUGCUCGAAUCCUUCUCGGCAUUGCUUCUGUCACAUAGUCAUAUGAUAAAACUGAGUUAUCGUAAUAGGAUGGAGGCAGAUCGUCUUCACUCCUGGGCCCGUUCAGUACGCGAUUUAGUCGAGGGAUUGGUGAGUAGUAUGAAUCAAGAGUACUCUGGCAGAAUGGUUACCAACGCAGACCAACUGAGGUUCCUAAUUGGUGACAACGAGAAUCCUAUAUCUAUAGAUGAUGAAAGGUUGGCUCGGCUUAAGAAGGUUCUAACCCAGUCGGUGUAUGAGAAGUUUCAUGGAAAGGCCAGUGAGUGCCACUGA